AUGGGCAACAAGUCUUCUGUCGCUUUACUCACACCCACAAAGCAGCAGCUUCAAGUUUCGGAAACCAAACUCUCGCAAGUUCAAGCCUUUGAUUCGAUGGAGCAUUUUUUUUAUGCUUGCUUUCCCACAGACGUUCCGAUCAAAUCUCACAAGUCAUCUUCAUUUGUGACUGAGAAGUGGAUGAAUGGGAUUGUUCAGAUUGGCGACGAUUACACAAGAUUAAUUUACGAAAUGUCUCUUCAAUUGGAUAAUCGAGAGUUGAGGUGGCUUUCUCAAAAUUUGGAGCGCAACGAAAAGAGAAAACAACUUUGGGUCAAGAAAUUGGCCCUCUUGCGAGAAAAUGUCGAAGACGAUUUGGGUGUAAAAGUUGGAAGCAAUGGCGGUCUCGAAAAUGAUUCUGCUUCUUCCUCAUUGUUAUUGAGUGGAAUUGAUUUCACUUGCUCCAAUUUUGAGUUCAAUAUUGAACUAUUGGACUGUCAUCAAUCAUUCACAAUUACCAAACAUUUGCAUGCAUCUAUUAUGAGCAGUUUCAGUGAAGUUUUUGAGAGAGUCAUUUCUGAAGGUACACAAACCAACUCCAAUUCCUUCUCCAUAUCACUCAAACUGGAUGGUACCUCUUUGAGUGGAUUUUCCAUGUUUCAUCAAGCAAAUUCGACCACUCAGAAAAAACUCUAUCUCACCAAUUUAAUCGACUUGCUUGUUCUCGCUGUUUACUGCCCCUAUGUAUUCAUUGAAUUUUGCAUAUUUGCAAGAAUGGACCAAAUGUUGGAAGUCGGAGGAGAUAUUUAUGACAAGGACUUUUACAUUAAGGACCUGAUACAGUUGUUUGAGUUGAUCAAGUUGAAACAUUUAAAUGUAUUUAACGAAUACUUGCAAUAUGAACUAUUGAGGCAAGGAAAGCAACAAAUGGAUAAAUUGUUGCAGACAUGGGAAGAUGUCAUGCUGGAAUCGUUGGUGUUGCAGAAUGAACAUGCUCAUGUUCAACAGGAAAACACCUCUCCUUCCUCUACGUCAAUAAUGAAGCUCGCUCCAUGUCAACGAGAACUCAUCACAUUUGCUUCCAACUUGGAGGAGCAAUCAGAAAUUGAAACCAUCUCUGUCAUCAAAGAUCUCGUCUUGUGUCGAUCCAACUUUUUUAAUACCAUGAUUUCGAGUGGAAUGAGUGAAUCGCAACAACAUGUGAUUGGACUUGAAUGUACCAAUGAAGUCAUGAAAAACAUGUUCAAUUUUAUUUAUACAGGAUCGUUUACGAACGAAUCCAUUGUAAUUGAGUUGUUAAUGUAUUGCGACAUGGUUGGAUUCAAACACCUUUCGAAUCGAUGUGCUCAUGUCAUUAAGAAGAAUAUUACAUCUAUUGAAGAAGCAAAAACAAUUUAUGAUUUGGCAAAAUCGUUGGAACACAUUCACGCAUUUGAGAUGAUUAAGAUUUAUACAGUACUCUACUGCUACUAUAUGGAGAAAUUUCGUCACAAUUUUGCCGAUUCUUACAAUUGGGAGGUUCCAGAAGAAAUGAAACAUAAUGAACGUGUCGAAGACUUUACUUUUAGAUCUACGUUUUCUCCUGUGCCGACUACUAAUAACAGGGGCUAUUACUAUAAUUACGAUUUAGGUAGAGUGUUUUGUUAUGGAAUUGGACCUAAAUCUGGAGCCAAUAGAUUACUGCAUCAACGAACGCACAAAAAAUUUGACAACACCUCACUCUAUCAAAAAGACGGAAUCUUUUAUGGGAAUUUUUAUCAUUGUGGAGUAUUGAAUGAAUCAUCUUCAUCCGUUGAAGACAUUGGAAAACUGAUACUGUGUGUCUCUGUGUUGCAUGACCAUGAGGAGCUUGUGAAGGAAUUGACCUCUAUUUUACAAAAGAUUCCAACACUCGUGCAGCGUAGAAGUGUUCGUGUGUGUUUGACCAUGUGUGAUCUUCCACGUGCUGUUUGGAAGAUUGAUCGAGAUGCCCUUUUCAAGCUUGCACUUCAGCAUGGCAUUCAUUUGAUUGAAACUUCGGCCUUACUCGGUGUGAACGUUUCCUUUGACGUGUAA